AUGGAGAGUAAGUAACCUUAAUCACGUGGAGGGAUGUCUAGUGGGAGUUAAACUCAUAGAUUCUUUAAUCCAAAUUAUGAAGACAACAAAGACUUUUAUUUACCUAAUGUUAAAACUUCAAUUAUUAAGAAAAAUCAAGUAACUUAUUAAAAUGUCAGCAACAUGAAUUCGAUUUAGAGUAAUAAAUUCUAGUAAAACCAAUAAUCUUAAUAAGAAAUUCUGACUGAUAGCUCUAAGUCUAUUUCUCCAAAUAUUCAUGCAACUGGCUUGUAAACUUAAAGAUUGCCUAGUUCACAUUCAAGUAUCCGCUAACCUGAUAAUAUAGGCUUCAGUAGAUAAUCAUCUUUCACAAAGGUUGUUAAUUAGCCUUAAAGUAACUUCUUAGCUGGCAGUAUAUCUGAGAGAAAUUUGGCGAAUGAUAUGCCUGAAAAGAAGUUCAAUUUUAAAUUAGAGGAAAUUGAUAUGCUGCGUAGAUCAUAGCAAUUCGCAUAAAAUCUUCUUAAAUAAAGGCUAAAUGGAGGGACAUUAGAAACUUAAGCUAGCGCACUUAUCCUAGCUCCUAAAUUGAUGCCCUAAUUAAAAACUUAUACCCCUAAGACUAAUAAGUAAUUUAAAACUGAUCGAAAUCACAUUAUUCAUAUGAGGGAGAAAUCUUUCGCAAAAUUGUUUGAACCGACUACUUUUAUUUAAGAGGAUGAGCCGAGUUUUGAAGAUGAAUUAGAGGGUGAAGAGGCGAAGGGAGUAUUUUAUAAGAAGGGUAAGAACAUUGAGAGAAUGAUACAAAAAAGAAAAGAAUCGCCUUUUACGAAGUUCUUCUAGAAAUGUACGAAUAAUCAUGUGAUUCCAUAGCCGAUUGGAAUAAUAAAUAGCAAGGGCUAUAAGAGAACAACCGUUCAAACUGCGGGAUUUAAGAUGGGAGAUGAUUAUGCAUAGGCAUUGGGAGAAAGCUUAAGGAAAACAACUAGACACCCUGUUGUUGUAAAUUUAAGUGUUAAUAGACUAUCUGAUAAAGGAGCAGUUCCAAUUUUAAAUUCUCUAUCAAAUGAUAUUUAAGAAUUAGAUCUGUCUUCAAAUCCACUAAUGAGGAUCAAAAGCUAUGUAUUAAUCAAUGACAUUCUUAGUAAAGGCUUGAAUAAGCUGAAAACCUUAAAACUAGAGAAAAAUAAUAUUGGAGAUCACACAAUGAAGCAAUUAUGUGAGACUUUAGAAGGAAAUUCAACAUUGACUUUCCUCAAUGUUAAUAAUAACAACCUUACAGAUCAAGGAGCAUUGUAUCUAGCCAAUAUGCUAAAAAUUAAUAGUGCUUUAAGAGUGCUAUUUAUUAGCUGGAAUAAAAUAAGAUUUAGAGGUGCUAUCCUCCUUGCAGAUGCAUUUGCAGUAAAUAAGGGAGUUUAAAUCUUAGAUGCCUCUUUUAAUUCUUUCGGAUCGAAUUAAUAAGCUAAAUAAAGCUAUUUAAUGCUAUUAACCCCAAAAACUUCCUCUCAAAAUGGUGAUUCUCCAGAAACACCUGAGAAAUUGAAAAAUACGCUUCAAUUAAAUGGAGGUGAUGCAGAGAAGCUGCCUUAGAGUUUCAAAAAUAUGUUUCUCUUGAAUAAAACAUUAAUACAUGUAGAUUUAUCCCACAAUGGAUUUAUGGAAGAAGAAAUAAAAGGUAUGAGCGAAGGACUUAAGGAAAAUCAUACAAUAUUAGGACUACAUAUGCUUGGAAAUCAAAGGAGCACUGAUACUCUUGGUUAUAUGACGGCUAGAGAUAAUAAUCCUGGAGCAUCUCAUAUUAUGACCAAACUAUCAUCAACUUUAGACAUGGGUAGAGUAUCUUAACAUAGAACUGAAUUGCAAGCAGCAUCUAAUUGUUGGAUAUGUGAAGGUUGGACUUAAAUAAUGUUUUAAUUUGAUCCAAUGUAAACCAUUCAUAAACAGCUUGAUGAGUAUUCUCCUGUUUAUAUACAUCUAUCUUGCGACAAUUACGAGCCAGACUUAAUGGAGAGAAAUGAGGAUGGUGUUUACAGAUUAUUAAGGAUGAUUCCUCCAGGAAGUUAGAACUACUACUUCACAGUCGACAGUGAAUCUGAAAAUUAAUAUUUUGCACAUGAUCAAAAGCAUAGAGAAAUUUAUAUAGGUGAGAAAGUAGACCAUAGGUCUAUCAAAGUUCCAAUGACAAAUAUAAUUGAUAAUGUAGCUUAGCAAAAACAGCCGAUUACACAAACUUUGCUUGAGGAUCUCUCAGUGAUGAUAAGACCACCACCUAGAGAGCCACCAAGAAGAAACAAAGAAAAGGAACCUUGGGAUUUUAAGAAAUCAGUAUUUUAUCCAUAUUAGCCAGAUAGUGAAGUACUUCUUAACAAUUGUUUUGAAUUUGACUUUGAGACCUCUAAGAUUACUAAAGUGAUUAAAGACUAUGAUGAGAUAGCUAAGAUUAAAGAAUACUUGAGGACUAUUUAUAAAUAUGUCAGAGAAUGUUACAAAUACUUUAGUGCUAUCUCUCCAAAUAAUAAUGUAUUUAGUGUCGGUCAACUUAUCUUUCAAGAAAUAAUCAAUAACACAACUACUAUUGACAGAGAAUUACUUUCAAAUAAUGAUGUAGACUUAGAAUUUAUCACUACAAAUGCUGGAGUCAAACAGCAUAAGUUUAAUCCAGACAGAGCUCUAGUAAGAUACUAAAUGCUAGAAUUAUUUGUAAGGAUAGCUGUCCAAAAAUAUUAUAAAUCGAAGUACUGUGAGACCUACUAUGAAGCUAUCCAGACUAUGUUUGAAAAAGAAAUUUUACCAUAUAUUAGAAACUUUGAUUGUCAUAUUUGGAGAAAGAACUGUUUAUGGACCGAAUCAUGCGACAUCAUUUAUAAGGCUUAUAUGCCUGUUGUAAAAAUGCUUUACAAGUAAAAUUCUGGCCGUUAUACAAAACCUGGUCACUAGCCUUUUAUGAGUUUAGAAGAAUUUUAAGAGAUGAUUACAUAAACAUCAAUCUGUUCAGAUAAUUUUGGCUAAAGAGAAAUAGGCAUUCAUUUUAACCUUUCAAAGAUGACUGAAAUUAAUGAAGUUGACUUUGACAAACAUAUGAAAAUGCAAUUUAUUGAGUUUAUAGAGGCUCUAGGAAGGAUAGCAGAGAAGCUAAAUCUAGAAACAUUAAAAGCAAAAUAUGGAUUUGAUGAGGAUGAUGAUCAAGAUAAUCAAGAGUAUAAUAAGGCAAAUAAUAAUAAACUAUCUUCUAAGAUUGAAUUUCUAAUAAAAAUCUUAAUGGGGACAAACCUAAAUAGUGUUGGAAACGACAAAAAGCUCCGCUAAUUGAACAAAUAAAUUGAGAACAACAUUUAGAAAAACAAGACCUCAACUGUGAAUUUGUUAGAGAAUACAAUGUAGAAAAAGGUGUCUAUGAUGAGUAUACUCAUUAACAAUUUCCAGAACAAGAGUCAAGCCACUGCCUCCACUAAAAAUAAUGAGUCAGAACUGAAGCAAGUAGCAGAAAACGACUCAGAUUGA